AGAACCGUAGAAUUUAACCUAAAAGUCUACACUGUAACCUUAAUAAAUCGGGCAUUGUCGCCUCAAUUUUUAUUCGGUGAAUCACAUUACUUUUCCAUGAAACAACACGAUAAAGGGAGCAAAAAGUGAUGGUGAUUAAAAUUGGGAAAAAAGUGACUGCUUUUAAUGCUCCAUUGAUCCUUUGAACUUUAUGAAACCACCUGUCAAAGUAUUAGGGUUUUGACUGCACUGGAGCCCUACUACACACCAUCAUAAUGGAAGAGGCCGGAUUAGAAUGCGAUGUGUGUGGAGGAACCAACUUCCACAAAGAAUCCGGCCACUUCUACUGCAACGAGUGCCAGACACAGUCCCAACAAGUUCAGGAACAUGUGUUUGAACAUACGGGCUACAGCGUUACAGCUGCUAAGAAAAUACAGAAAACGCGCGACGAGAAGCAGGACCAACAGCUGACUAGUUGGGAGUGCUACAACAUUGUCUUGAAAGGCCUAACGAACGAAUUGUUGGCUUUGGGUGCCGAUCCACAGUUGAAGAGCGUCGUCCGUUUGCUGUGGAUGAAGUACCUGCAUCAAUGUGAGGUGUUUGAUGUCAAAAGCAACAAGUUACCCAAAGUAUCCGUUUUAGGCUCGCAGAAGGACAUUGCCAUACUCUACAAUAGGAAAAAGCGGAAAAGAUCUAGAAGUAGGCCGUCAUCAACUACCGGCUCGAUAAGUGAGCGGCGGGUGAGAGCCGCCAAAAAGCGGGCUCUUUUGAAAAGCGAAUAUGAACAAUUGUCUCAGUCGCAAAGCCUAACACAGGACAGCACCCUGAUGAAUUCUCUAUCUGAUUUGGCAAGCGGAUCAGAAAAAUCCGAUAACGAAGAGAUUCAAUACAACAAGUCGAGUAUAAAAGAGCUGAAUCGGUUGAUGUCGAAAAGGCACCGAAAGGAGCAUCAGCUCGAUAUAGACGGCGACUUGGAGUGUCAUAAAAUCGAUUUCAAGAGCUGCAGUUCGCGAUUCAGGACUAGUCCAGUCAAACUGUCCGCACACACCUUAUAUAACAUCCUGUAUAUUGGGCUGCUGAUAGUACAAGACUCUGUGCAGCUGGGCGAUUUGCUAAGGUUCAUCAGAGAAGGGCAUGUGAGUUUCGAAUGCUUUCGUCACUUUUUUGACGAAAACACUCCCGAAAAGGCCAUCAAUCUGCCGCAUAAAAAUCAAAAACUGUUAUCGAAUGGUUCAUUUCGAAAGCGCACUGCCGAACUCGUUCGGUUUCUGGGUGUAUACAAAUACAUCAGCACGCCGGAUUUGAGGAUGCUCUGCUCCAGAUAUUGCACAGAAUUGAAUCUUCCAGAGGCCGUUUUCGAAUGCGCAGAAAAGCUAAUCGCUACAACCGCCCCUGAAAUGGCCUAUACUGAACGAUCUAAAGCAGUACCCAACUACGAAGGGCGCGCAAUGAGCUUCCUGCUAGUCGCUUUGAAGCUGCUCUUUGGCUUGGACGGCGUAACGGAACAACAUCUAUCGGAAUAUGCGGACAUUUUAACCAACAGCAAUGUGGGGUCAAGGAUGUUUAAUUUGGAAAAGUGGCUGCAAUUUAUAGCAGAUCGCACCGCUCUCGUGAAGAAAUACCACAUGCCAACGGCUCUAAGAGAAGACGGUAAAUGCGACAGCGAUCUGUAUCUCAGAUACCUCAGAAUUCAGGGUGUGAAGUAUUCGGGAAGCCAUAGAAAAAUCCACAGGGAAGUUCAGGACUAUUUGCAGGUUCUGGAGAAGGUGCUGGAAGAUGAGGACGAUGAUGAGGAAGAAGGAGUUAAGUUUGAACCUUCAUUGACCCCAUUUUUAACCUACUCCGCUCAGCUGAAGUUAAAUCUAGAGCUGCCCAGUUUGGAUGAGACCUUUCUGCAUGAUUCGCUAGAUUUUCUCCUGCGUCCUAACAAGUAUUUGAAAUUGCUUGGAACGCGCCAGAUCAGAAACGGGGGAGCCAAUGAAGAUUUCCAUAUCGAAGAGCCGAUGUACCUGUAUAACGCGAGCAUUUAUUUAGGGAAAAAAAAUAAGCAACCUGUACCAGUGAAAAUAGUGGACGAACAGGAGGAUGAUGGUUCAGUGAGAAGGUAUUUGGAGUCCCAAAGGAAAGUCACCCUGAAAACCACCGAUGUGAAGGUAUUUUUAUACAAUUGGCACCAGAGCCAGCAAAAGCAAUUUGAAAAAAAUAGGAUUUUACUGCGAAGGACAUCGGAAAAGGUGCAGAUUCCGUCAAAUGCCAAGCCCCAUGGGAAGUACCCCGAACAUUUCCACCCAUUUGAGCGAUAUUGGAUGAAUGUUCCCAUAAACCCCGUAGCAUACUACUUAACUAAACAGGACAUAAAGGGGAUUGUCGACAAGUUUCCCAACUCGCUUCAAUUGAUUUUCAAGGAAAGCUGCAGAAUAAUCGAACAAGAUAUCAACGAGUUGUUUGCAGAAUUUUCACGAACUGAACUGUAUAUGGCGUAUUGCGUUGAUUUCUCUUCUGGGAAGAAAACCAACGAGAACAAGCCAUUGAUUGAACUGAAGGACGCUGUUCGCGCUUGUAGGAGAAACUGGUGAAUCGUCUUUAGUGGGGGGCUCCUCUGGACAAAAUAAGAAUCAACAUCUAAGUUGGAGCGUGUAUUGCCAAUAUGUUACAGCCGUUCGAUUAAGGUGAGAAGAUGUUCUUGAGUACAAAUAUCGGAAGCGAUCGAGUGAAAUUAUUUUAUGUGAGCGGAGAAAUCGGAUGGCAAAUUCGAAUGGAAGCGCAAUAUAUAUAGCUGUGCAGUGUAGGCCUGGGUAACACUGUUGAGUUGAGCUAUUGAGUUAUAACUCAGUGGUUAAUGAGUCAUUUAUUAAAGCCUUUCGAGACGA